AUGGGUUCCGGCGCGGCGGAGCCGGAACAAUCAUCGCAGAAACAAAAAGCUAUUUUACCGACAGAGUUGAGCGUUCCACCCCCGAUAGCUGACGUGCACAACAAUAAUCGGAACGCGGAGCACAAGACCGCAUCCGAGCUGACUCCGAAAGACGAAUCAAACGCCUGUACCCUUUCCACUUCAGUACCCCAGGCUGUGCUUGAUGAUUUUGGCUUACCCAUUCGAAACACAAGAUCAUCCUUUAAAAGCGAGUGUAUAUCAACUGGAGAACCGGAGAGCGUUGGCAAGAGUGAAAUCGAAAGUACCACCGUUCUAGGAGCGUCCCUGCCCCGAUCUUCAUCUGUGCCCUCCCAAAUAUCGGAAAAUCAAGAAAGGAAAAAGGAUAAGGUCGAUGAUUCGGAUCGGCGGGUGAGGGGUAGCCCGGAAAUAUCGGGGUCUCGAGCACCCGUUUUUGCAAAAGCAACUGAAUCUCCUGGAUGCGGCAAGGUGGAUGCUAAAGAUGAGACGACGGGAUCGCAUAGCCGUAGUUAUUCCACUGGGCCAGCAGUUUCUGAAUGGUCUCAUCAACGGAUUGCGACAAAAGAUGAAUCAGCUGAUAAGCAAGACGAUGGCGGUUGGCAAGAUAUGCCGGCUCUUGGAGCCUUGGAUUUUUAUGAUGACUACGGCAGGAUUGUUGCGCGUGGCUGCAAAGAUGAGGGUGGCGAAGCUGUCUAUCAAGGACUAGGGGGUGCCGGAAGGGGUUAUACUCGAGUCCAAGUUGACGAUGAUGCCCAAUCAGCUACAAGUCUAGAUGAGGAGACGAAAUAUCUUUUCCCGGAGCCGCAAAGCAAUGCUCUCGGUAUUGAAGACGAGAUUCGAGAUCCGUUGUCUCAACUGCAAGCGACGAAAACCUUGCUUACAGAAGGACAAAGAAUAGCGUAUGUUGGAGUCACUAAACUCGUCAUCUUUCAGAUGGUGAAGGAUCUGGAGGCUAUUCAGUCUACAAAAGGGACGCGGAAAUACAUAUCUGGCGCCAUCGACUCUACAACAAAAUGGGGACAGCAGAUGAUGAUUCGUCUUUACGCGCAUAUGGAAAUCGACGCGGCAGAACAGGUGAUGAUUGAACAGCUAGCUGAGCACGGUGUCCAACCAGCAGACCUUGUUGCUCCGCUCAUGCAGAACGCCCGCGUAAAAAACCCUGUGGCGGAAACUUCCUCAUCUGUUACAGAACUCUCGGGUUCCCCAGAUUGCAACAAGGAUUACCCUGCUAGUCAUGUUUCCGAGCCAUCCUGUGAUAGCCCUCCGCCACCCUAUGAAGCUCACCAAUACGAUGACCUACCGGAGGUCCGCACCCCGUCUCAAUUGCCAUCCUCAGAAAACCUUGACAUUGAUCUUAGAUGGACUAUCUUGUGUGACCUGUUUCUAGUACUUAUUGCAGAUUCGACGUAUGACUCUAGGUCUCGCCGUUUACUAGAGCGGGUAGCAGAAGCAAUGGACAUUUCAUGGGUCCAAAUAUGUCGGUUCGAGAAACGUGUAAUUGAUGCAUUGGAGAUGCAAGAAGAGAAAAGUAAAGAAACCUGGGAUGAGGCAGAUCAUAUGGAAAAACGGAGAAAGGAUGCUUUGAAGCGAAGGUAUAUGAUCAUGGGUCUUGCUACCGUUGGUGGCGGCCUAGUGAUUGGUUUGUCCGCUGGCUUGCUGGCUCCUGUAAUUGGAGCGGGCCUGGCCGCGGGGUUUACUACCAUCGGUGUUUCUGGCACUGGCGCUUUUCUUGGUGGAGUUGGCGGUACUGCUUUGAUUACCUCUGGUGCAACGAUAACAGGUAGUACAAUCGGUAUACGUGCCUCAAAUCGGCGUACAGGCGCGGUCAAGACCUUUGAGUAUCGUCCGUUGCAUAAUAACAAAAGGCUGAACCUAAUUGUCACUGCGGCCGGGUGGAUGACGGGUAAAGUCGACGAUGUUAGACUGCCCUUCAGUACGGUAGAUCCCGUAAUGGGUGAUAUCUACUCCAUUCUUUGGGAACCUGAAAUGCUUCAGAGUAUGGGUGCUACUAUUAAUAUCCUUGCUACUGAGGCACUUACCCAAGGCCUUCAACAAGUGCUUGGCAGUACAAUCUUGACCGCCCUUAUGGCGUCGCUACAGCUCCCCAUUGUCCUUACAAAACUUUCUUACCUAAUAGACAAUCCCUGGAAUGUAUCACUUGCUCGCGCCAACGCUUCUGGUCUGAUUCUGGCAGACUCUCUUAUAGACCGAAAUCUUGGGAAUCGUCCCAUUACGUUGAUCGGGUUCUCGUUAGGUGCAAGACUGAUAUUCUCUUGCCUAAAAGAGCUUGCAGAUAAAGGAGCCCAUGGAAUGAUUCAGAAUGUGUAUCUUUUCGGUUCGCCUAUCGUUGCAAACAAGGAUGAUUAUCUCAAAGCUAGGAGCGUUGUAUCCGGAAGAUUCCUGAACGGAUAUGCAUCCAAUGACUGGAUUCUAGGAUAUCUAUUUCGGGCCACGGGCGGUGGGAUAAUGCGUGUUGCAGGUCUAGCACCAGUGGAGGGCAUUCCUGGGAUCGAAAAUUUCAACGCCACCCAAUUUGUCAAUGGGCACAUGGCGUAUCGUACCGCCAUGCCUCGACUUCUUCGAGAAGUUGGAUGGGAAGUGGAAAGCGAUGAGUUUAGUGAAAUCGAAGAUCCAGAUCCCGAGAAUCACCAAGAACGCCAACGAGAUCUAAUACGUGAAAUCCAGGAGGCUCGAAAGCAAGCUGAAGAAAAGCCAGAUAAGAAGAGAUUCGGGUUUUUUAAACGAGGAAAGCUUGCCGAGAAAAAAGGAUGGGAAACCUACGAUGCCGAACAAAACGAUAGCAGCCCUCCAAAUACUCCUGAUGGCAAUGUCGAUCCUGCUGGUAGCGUUCUCUUUGAUAUCGACGCUAUUAGGGCGGAACUGGCAAGUGAGCAGAUCGAAAUCAAGCAGCUUGAGUCGACCCUGCCUCCCAUCAAAGUCGACUUGAGUUCGCCACAGCCCCCUAAAACGGCAAGCCCUAACCUGCAAAAAAAAGAGUCCCCGUCCGCCACUCCCAGCCCCCGGGAAAGUGCACCCAACAACAGCUUCACGCUGUCUGAUCCUCCACGGAGACCAACAGCCACAGGGCUUCAAGAUAUCAAGCCCCUACCGGACGUUCCACGACGCCCCAACGGUGCUGAAGAACCAUGGAAGAACGAGGAAGAGAUACAAAUGACAUUUGAUACCGCAUACCACACACCCAACGAGUCCUUCAUCUCGCUGGGCAACAGCAAAUUAACAUCACCGCCUCUUCCUUCCUAUUCUUCUGCCACUUCCCCCAACAAAAUGCCGGAUUUCCGUUCACCUUCAAACUUCAACGGCGGGUUUGUGAGCCAUAACGCUUGGGCAGACCCUGAUGACGGCCACGGCGAUGAUAUAAAACUCACGUUUGCUUAG